UCGCUCUCGCCUUUGCCCGGCCGGAGCGUGCAAGGAGAAAACCAAAAGGAAGGAAGGAAGGAAGGACGACGACAGGGUCGGAUGAGGGUCCAUGCAUCACGCCGUUACCUUGUUUUCAUUUCACCGCGGGCCGGCUGAAUGUCAACCCACAAUCACGGCAAUGUCCCCCGCGACAUCCCCAAGCCUGCCUCCGCCGACGAGCUCGUCCGGAAUGGCAGGAAGAAGAAGUCCUUCAUGUCCAACAUCUUCCGGAAGAAAGGGAGGAGCGGCACCGGGAGCUCGGAGAAGAAGCUGCUCUCCCGCCGAGACAUCGUCUUCGAUUUCGAAGACAAGUGCGGCGAGAGGUCGACGGAUGCGGCGGCGGACGAGUUCUUGGACGCCUCCCCCACAGUCCGCAAAAGCUUUUCAGGUGACUUGCACAAUGAUCAUUUGGACUUUGAGGGUCAACAAUGCAUCGAUGAUGCAAUUGCGUCUCAGAUAUUUGUUUUCUUGAUGUCAGAUCGGCAUUGCACCACGCGAAUCGAGAGCCUGACGCUGAGCUGCCUGGAUUCGGCCAACAGGCAGAACGUCGACACACGGGAAUACCGGGUGUUUGUGGGCACGUGGAACGUGGCAGGGAAGCCUCCCAACAGCAGCCUUGACAUAGACGAUUUCCUGCAGAUAGAAGGGUUACCUGACAUAUACGUCCUAGGGUUUCAGGAGAUCGUCCCUUUGAACGCGGGCAACGUGCUUGUGGUCGAGGACAACGAGCCGGCAGCCAAAUGGCUGGCGCUCAUCUACCAAGCCCUCAACAAGCCCCAACAACAGCAGCAGCAACAGCAGCAACAACAAGACCAGCCGUCCUCCGGAGACGAGCUCUCCCCAACGGAGUCCUCCAUUGCCGCAGCCGCCGCGGCAUCCACUUCCACUUCCACAACCCACCAUUUGCGCCAAAACACGCGUGACCGAGACCCAUCGAUCCCAAAGUCCUCCAGCGGCGGCAGCCUGCUCUUCUUCCACAAGCCGUCCCUCAAGGCCCUGAGCAAGAACUACCGUGUCAACAGCGCCCUUGUCAAGACCUGCACAUGCAUGGCUGACCCUUCCGUCAUGCAGCGCCGCGCACGCGACAUGCGCGACUUCAUCUGCCGCAUCGAGGCCUCCGAUGACCUCGACGCGGCGACGACAACGAUAGCACCCGAAGGCGACCCGAUGACGACGACAAGGGCCGGUGCUGGCAGUGGCAAUGGCAUGAACUACUGCCUGAUCGCCAGCAAGCAGAUGGUGGGGAUCUUCCUGUCGGUGUGGGUGAGAAGGGAGCUGGUGCAGAAUGUGGGGCACCUCCGGGUGGACUCUGUCGGGAGGGGCAUCAUGGGCCGUUUGGGGAACAAAGGCUGCAUUGCCAUGAGCAUGACCUUGCACCAGACAAGUGUGUGCUUCGUGUGCAGCCACCUGGCAUCGGGCGAGAAGGAAGGCGAUGAGGUCCGCCGCAACGCUGACGUCGCCGAGAUCCUCAAGAGCACCCAGUUCCCCAAGAUCUGCAAGGUGCCCGGCCAGCGGAUCCCCGAGAAGAUCAUCGACCACGACCGGAUCAUAUGGCUCGGCGACCUGAAUUACCGCAUCGCGCUGAGCUACGACGAGACGAGGGCGCUCAUGGAGGAGAACGACUGGGACACCUUGCUCGAGAACGACCAGCUGAUGAUCGAGAGGCAGGCAGGGAGGGUGUUCAAAGGGUGGAAGGAGGGCAAGAUCUACUUCGCGCCGACUUACAAAUACAAGCAGAACACCGACUCCUAUGCCGGGGAGACCACGAAAUCGAAGAAGAAUCGGAGGACACCUGCAUGGUGUGACCGGAUACUGUGGCACGGCCAGGGGAUAGAACAGCUGCAGUACAUCAGGGGCGAGUCCAGGUUCUCCGAUCACCGCCCAGUCUGCAGCGUCUUCAUCGUCGAAGCUGAUGUUGAUAACGGGAGCAGGAUCAGGAAGGGUUACUCCACUCUGGAUUCCAGGAUCCACUGCGAGUCACCAUCACCGAUACCACAAAGACACAGCUUCUAUGACUUUUGACUUGUGAUAGUGAACUUUUGUCUAUAUUAUAGAUUACGAGGGUCAGAUAUGUUUGUAGUGAGAGGGCUGAAAAUUGUCAACUUUCAUGCCUAGCACUUGUCUUACUAACUGAAAUGUAAAUGGUGGCUUCUAGCCAAAAUACAACCCCUUGAGUUUUGACACAAGUGGCAAACAGUAGAAAA